AUGAAUCUAGUAUUGCUAGCCAUUCUUCCGCUGAGCCUUUGGGCUAUUAGCCGAAUUUUGGUGAUACUGUAUCGUUUGACAUGGCAUCCCCUGGCCAAGUUCCCUGGGCCAAAAUGGGCGGCUCUCACCAGUGCAUACGAAUUCUACUUCGACGCGAUCAAAGGGGGCCAAUGCACCUUUGAAAUCGGUCGCAUGCAUAAGAAAUAUGGCCCCAUCGUGCGCAUCAGUCCCAGUGAGCUUCAUGUAAGCGAGCCCGGAUUUAUCGACGAGUUAUACCCAGGGCCCGGAAAGGUACGCGAUAAAUACAGCUAUGCUACCGGGCAAUUUGGUGUGUUCUGUGCAGUGUCGCAUAAUCUUCAUCGCAUGCGGCGAGGAGCGUUGAAUCCAUACUUUUCCAAAGCAGCUGUGGCGAAACUCGAACCUGUUAUUUACGCAACUGUCGACAAACUUUGUCGUCGCCUCGAACAGGUCGCCAAUUCUACAGACUCCGUCGACUUGGUAAUGGCCUUCAGUUGCAUGACUACCGAUAUAGUGACACAGUACGCAUUUGCAGAGUCAUCCAACUUCUUGGAUUCCACCACGUUCGCUCCGAACUUCCAUGAGGCAAUUCUAGCAGGGACUCGUAUGGGUGCGUGGGCAAGGCAUUUUCCAAUCUUGUUUCCAAUCCUGAGAAGUAUUCCCAUGGAUAUUUCUUCGAUGGCAAGAGGUAAGCGGCAUUCAGUCUCGAAAUAUAAAGAGGCGCCGGGACUAACACAGCAUCUUGUAAUCAACAAGAGCAUGAAGAAAAAGGUUUCUGACAUUUGGCAUGAGGAAAGCGCCUUCACAGCAAAGAAGAAUGAUGCUAUCCAGCAUCGGUCUACCAUCUUUCAUGAACUCUUCCAUGCUAAUAUACCAGACUCUGAGAAAGGCCCUGAUCGAAUGUGGCAAGAGGGUCAGAUAGUGAUUGGGGCAGGCACUGAAACCACGGCUUGGACGCUCACGGCAACGAUGUUCUUCAUUUUGAACAAUCCAGGAGUAUUGGCAAAACUGACCAAGGAGCUGGAAACGGCCAUUCCGGCCUGCUAUGAUCAACCUUCAUGCCGUAAAUUGGAGGGACUACCCGUAUACAACGCGGUAAUUCAAGAAGGGCUGCGGCUAUCUCACGGGGUUGCUACUCGCCUUCAACGAAUCAACCCGCAGGGUCCUAUGACAUUUCGACAGAGUGCCGCGGAUGUUCCAACGGGAGAAAAAGUCUGGAAGAUCCCAACUGGAACCCCAGUCGGUAUGACUGCUGUACUAGUUCAUCUUAACGAGGACCUGUUCCCCGAACCACUUGAGUUUCGACCUGAACGUUGGCUUGACGAGGAUGGAAAGCGGGAUCCGCGCCUUGAAAAAAUAUAUAUUGUCGUUCUCCAGAGUCUGGCAUACUCUGAGUUGGACAUGGGAAUUGGAAUUUUGAUACGACGACUGGGAGGCCGACUACAGCUUUUCGAAACAGAUUGGACUGAUGUGGACAUGGUUGAGGAUUGCUUCGUUCCAGUCCCCAAAAGAGACUAA